AGGACAUUUUUCCAUCCUAAAGCUUUCACAUCACAGUCAUUAUGAGGUCCAUGGAGAUCCAGUUCAUAGUCCACUUCCUGCAAGCAGAUCCCUACCCACUACUGGUAUUCCAUUUGCCUUCAUGCACCGACCCUCACCUUCUGCUCUGACUGACACACCACGGCCUUCAGCUGGAACGCCACGAGCAAGCAACCUGUUCCCAGCAAGAUCUUUCCAAAGGGCUAUCCAUAUUGCCAAAAUAGUAAAUGACAAGCUCAGUACUUCCAAAACAGUCAUCAUUCGCUUUUUGGAAGCUGAAGCAAAUGUGGAAGGAAUAACACAGAAGGUGAAGGAUGCCUUGGGCUGUGAUGAGGUGAUUACCCUGACAGACAGCCAAGGAAAUGAAAUAGUAGACUCGGAGGGCACAAGAAGUUCCCAUUACUGGAAACAGAACUCCAGAAAAAUCUAUGCAAUCUUUGAGGAUGACUUUGUGGAGUUCCAGAAUGGAAGAACAGCUAAAGCAAGUCGAAGGGCCGACGACAGUAUGAGCAUACAAGAGGUCAUUGGCAAAAUUGACCAACUAAAGCAAGCUGCUGAGAGCCUCCAAGAUAUCACCUCAGCAAUAAACCAGCUGUCUGAGCUUGCAAAGCACACACGCAAAGCAGUGACUGAUGCCCACCUGCAUUCUGUAAAGGAUGCCUUUGCCUGCCUCGUUUGCAAAGCUCUAAUGGAGGAACCCAUGUUUUCCACGUGCUGCGAGUCUCUAGUUGGAUGCCGAACAUGUGUGGAGCAGUGGCUGUUAACUGCAGAUCACUGUCUGAAAUGCAGAGCUGAAGAAUUUGAUCGUAGGGUACACCAAAUUAAGGGUCUCCAUGCUGUUCUCUCUCUCCUCAAAGAGAUAUAGAUGUGUAAUUCAUCUAACAUUGAAUAUAAAUGGGCAUUUGUCACUACAAAGCUAAAGAGGGUGCAGAGUUUGUAUUUCAAGCCAACAUCACACCAGCUUAAUUGACCAGGUUUUCCUACAGAGGAACCUUUUAUGAAAUCAGCUUGGGUAGUGUUGGCAUAUAUACUAACCUGCAGCCUCUGCAGCUUAUCAGUAACACGUUUCCUCAUCCUGUUUGAUGGGUGGUUUUCUCUGUAAUCACAUUGUCUUUUUUACUUGGUUGUCCUUAGGUUUCAAGCCCAGUUUGAUGUUUAUAACAUGGUUUGGGAGU